UCAAAAGGAUGCAAGCGAAUAAUGUUUGAAGCGUAUUCAGUUACGGAAGUUGCAUCGAAAUUGGACAAAUCAACUGAUGUCGCUUGUAUAUCUGCGCAUGGUCACGCACCAAAAGUGUAUAUUGGUAGCAAAUCGGGUCAUCUUCUUGCGCUUAAUGGAAGUCAAGAUAGGAAGAGAGGAUAUGAUUUGACGAUGUGUUCGUCAUUUGUGCGCAAAUCAGUUAUUUCGAUUCAAGUCGUUGCUCGUUGUGAUCUUCUUUUGUGCCUUUCCGAUGGUCAAAUAACUGCUCACGAACUAUCUGAGCCAUUCGCAUUGAAAGGAACAAUAAAUGAAUUAAAGCAAAUUACAGCAUUUUCUUAUAAAGUUUCUGAGGAUGAUGGUUUAUUAUAUAUUGUUGUUGCUGCGAAGAGAAAAAUUUUUCUGUAUAAAUGGUUACUGAACAAAUUUCUACAAAUAUUUUUUGAAAUUUUUCCAGGUUUUCUGUUUUUAGUCUUAGUUUUUUUUAUUUCUUAUUUUGUUGAAAGUCCUCGAUAUUUGAUUUGGUCUGGUCCAUUUAUUGCAUUUGUUGUGCAAAAUGAUUAUUAUUAUAUUCUUUUGCCUCGUUUAACGAUGAUGUAUAUCAUAACUGUAGCUUACAAUAAGUUUUGUUUAAAGGAAGGUGUCCUACAAGUUGAUAAAUUGUUUGAUGUUGGUACAAAAAGCGAUAAUCCAUUGAUAAUUGGUAUGAACAAUCGUAAGCUGAUUGCUUUCUGUCGCGAUAAUUUGCUUUUUUUUCUCGACCAUUUUGGCAAUAUUAACUACACUCCUGAAGUAAAAUUGAGUGAUAUACCGCUUCAAAUAGUCUAUGAUGCACCAUAUUUGGUUUCGCUCUUAAGUAAAGGCAAAAUCGAAAUUCGAUCUGUGCGCCCUUCAGUACACAUUCAGACGAUACAAAUUUCGAAAGCUGCUUUUAUUUCAACUGGACUUCCCGGGACAAUUUAUGUUGCAAGUGGUAGUGUCGUAUGGUUACUCGAAUCUCUUUCACAUAUGAAGGUUAAUGUCGAGCGAUUAGUUUCUGAAAAACAUUACGAAUUGGCUAUCCAGAUCGCUGUUCAUUGCCCUGAUAUCAGUGAUAAUGGUGUUAUUGCAAUCAAAAGGAAAGCAGCUUUUAGUUUAUUCUGCCAGCGAAGAUUUGAUGAGUGGUUAGAGAUACACGCUGAUAUCAAGACAGAUGUAAUGAUUGUAAUCGCACAUUUUCCUCAUCUCCUCGACAAGAGUUUUCGAGAUCCCUUACAAUCUCUGUUAGACGAUCCUCCUCCAGAUUUCACUGAAAGUGAUUAUAAAAAUGGUUAUCUAGCUCUAGCGCCUUAUCUGGCCGCUGUCAGGAUGGAACAUGCAAAAGCCAUAAUGAAUAAGAAAUCUGAAUCGAAAGCUUUUUUAGCGAAUGAUGAAUUAACAAUCCAUCAGAAUGUCCUACAGGUCGUUGACACAACAUUGUUAAAAUGUUACCUUGAAACUAAUCAAAGCUUAAUUGUACCACUUUUGCGAUUACCUGAUAAUAUGUGUAUACUGAGUGAUGCAGAAGCAGCUUUAAUAGAAUACGAGAAAUAUUAUGAAUUAUAUUUGCUGUAUGAAAAAAAAGCACUUCAUCAUAAAGCUUUGUCAUUGCUGAAGCAACAAGCAUUUAUCUCUGGAACUGUUAUGAGUGGGCAUCGACUAACAGUUGAAUAUCUGCAGCGGUUGAAUAAUUCGAACAUUGAUAUUAUCUUCGCUUUCGCUCCUUGGGUUUUGCACAGUAAUUUCGACGAUGGAUUAUCGAUAUUUAUUUGCGAAGAAGAAGAUAGUCGAGGUUUGGAUCGUGAAAGUGUAGUUCAAUUCCUGCUUAGUGAAUGUGUCCAAGCAGUUAUUCCAUAUUUGGAAUACAUAAUAUACAAGUGGAACGAAAAAAGGCCUCGAUUUCACAAUAUUCUUGGUGAAUAUUACAUUGCGAAAGUGAAAGCCCUUAUUCGAGACUAUAUCAACGUUCUAAGAGAUGAUGAGGAAUUCGCACCAGCUGGUGAAGAAAAAGGUGAACUUGGAGAGUACAGACGGAAACUAAACCAUUUUUUGCAUUCUUCAAUAAGUUAUAGCCCUGAAAAAUUGCUUGUUCAGCUACGUCAUGAUUCUCUUUUUGAAGAGCGAGCAAUUUUACUUGGUCGUCUCAGAAAACAUGAACAAGCUCUUGCUAUAUAUACAAAUCUAUUAAACGAUUAUAGAGCAGUAGAAGAAUAUUGUAAUUUAUAUUACAAUCGUUCAGACCCUGAAAAUUCCAAAGUAUAUAUGAUUGCAUUAAGGAUGUAUCUUCAUCCGCCAGAUGCAUCAGUGCUUGGCUUAUUACAACGUGGCUUUUAUCAUACACAGCCAAAUCAAAUUGAAGCAGUUAAAUUGUUAAAGAAUUAUGCCAGUGCUAUUGAUACUGGUAUGGAUCAUUGGUCUUUUGUUGAAGCGAUGUCAUUAGUGCCAAAAGAUUUUUCACUAAGAAGUGUUUGGAGCGCACUAGAGGCAGUAUUACAAGCCACUCAUGAUCGAAGGAUAUCAGUUCUGAUGCACAAAUCAUUAUAUGAAGCUGCUCUUAUUAGUUGUUGUCGUCAUCAAGCAGAAACUCACCGGCAAAAAAUAAUUGUAGAAUAUGAUUUAGAAUGCACGUAUCGAAAUGGAAAUAUUUCGAGCAGUCACUUUCCAUUAUUUACUGCAAAAUCUUUUCCUUUGGACUGCAAAUAUUUAACAUCAAUUUGUAGUGCCUUUGUCCGUCAUCCAAAUGGUCGACUUGAGCAUUUUUACUGCUAUCAGAGGCAGAACGACUUGGGAUUAUAA